AUGACUGAAUCUGUCCACAUGUAUGGAAUGGCUGUGUCCCAGUGGAGCCCCACAUUUGUAAAAGAGCUCCUCCCUGCUGCCGAAAAGACAGCUCUUCUUUACCAUCUCUCUUACCUGUGCCUGGCCAACUUCCCCAUCCUGGAGAGGAUCAUCAGGAGUCGGGCUGUGGAAACCCAGCUUCUGUUCGGCUCCUCUGAUGCAACUAUGUUGAAAUGUAUUUUGACAAGUGAAAACCUGGUUCAGUCACUGUUUCCAAUGUUGACGAAAGCUGUGGAGAAAAAUAAGCCAGUUUUGGCAGUCAAAUUUCUAGGGAAAGCACGAGUCUGGAUCAAAGAUAUUAUUACUGAAGUGGAAAGGAUAGUGGAAAAGUAUGCUUUACACAACAAAGAUGUUGCAUCAUCCACCAGUGAUGUUAUCAAGGAAAAAUUAGAUACUGAUAAAAAGAUUACAGAACAAGACCAUGAAAUGAAGCAGACUGAAAAUACUCUGAAUGAUCUCAAAUCUAAACUCCAAAAAAACACUGAAGAGCUUGCUGAAGUUGAGAGAAAGAUAAACUGCAAAAGCCAAGAGAUUCAAGAAUUUGCCAGAUCCAUAACCCAAAAAAGUAAAGGCCUCGGCAUCUUUACUGCAAUUGUUCCAUUUAUCGGACCAAUUGUGAAAAGCAUUUAUGAUGCUGUACAUGAUCCUGAAGAUAUUGCCCGUAUGAAGGCUCUUGAAGCUGAAUUGAAUAACCUCAUUGCUGAUAAGACUGCUCUGAAACAAAAGCAGUGGCAGCUCGAACUCCAGGUCAUUGAUUGGCAAAUGAAGUUUGCCAGAGCCAAUUUUGACAGGAAUUCCAUACCCGACCCCAUCCAUCUAAAUGAGGUUCAGAGCAGCUUGUCAAAAAUUCAGGCAAUUCUGAUUCAGCUGAAAAACUUCUGGGAGAAUGUUGCUCAAAUGCUGGACUACCUGGAACAAAAGACCUUUGUUGGAGAAGAUCUUAUUGAAGACCUUGCCGAACUAAAAUAUGAAUUUGUAGAAUCAAUCAAAACAGCCGAAGAGGCUUGGAGCAGUUUUGGUGAAGGAUGUAAAAAAGCAUCUUUCAUCUUCAAGCUCCAAACCAAAGAUGCCUACAAGUUUCUGGAGGUCAGUCCUUCCUCGUUCUCCAAGGAGCAGUGGCAAAUAGAAUAUGAAAGUGUAAAGGAAAAACUGACAAAAAUAGACCCAGCACAAAGUGUGACACCCUCUAAUACACCUGCCAUUUCUGAGUGAUCUACAUAUACAACAUCCCAUUUGUUUUCUGUCUCAUGAUGCUGGUAACCUGGAAUCAUAAUGUUUAGCUUUUUAAAUGCUGUACUUGUAAACUCUAGUUCUCUAGUUUCUUCUACUCAAUGCCUAAAACAAUCUUUAUAAAUCC